AUGAUACACCUUUCCCAUUUAAAUAUCUCAAAAUACAGGGCUUCUGACAUAGCCAAAUGCAAAUUCAUUCAACCCAGGGAAGAAACGCUCGCUAGCUAUCAUAGUGUGAUCCUAUCUAUCGCAGACUGUCAUAUCUAUCUAUCUAUCUAUCUAUCUAUCUAUCUAUCUAUCUAUCUAUAUAUAUAUAUAUAUAUUAAUUUGUCGGUCUUAUUCUUUGUAUCUAUCUAUAUAUGUUAUUCUUUCUAUCUAUAUAUCUAUUUUAUCAUUUCUAUCUAUCUAUCUAUCUAUCUAUCUAUCUAUCUAUCUAUCUGUCUCACUCUUUGUAUCCUUCUACCUAUCUAUCUCUCUAGCAAUCUAAUUAUUUUUAUCUAUUUCAGCCUAACUACCUACCUAUCAAAUUGGUUUGAAUGUCUGCAUGUAUGUAUCUGUCUCACCCUUUGUCUGAAUCUCUCUAUCCUAUUCUUUUUGUCUAUCUAUCUAUCUAUCUAUCUAUCUAUCUAUCUAUCUAUCUAUCUAUCUAUCUGUAUACAUUUCAUUCUUUGUAUCUAUCCAUUUAUAUUGCUUAUUUUCAAUGUGUUCUUUUGUUCUGUUCAACCGUCUGCCAUGAUGAAUACGUAA